UACAAAUCACUUCACUAGUCGCUGUUGUUGUCAGAAGGGUUUGUGUAGCCUAUAGUGUUGACCAUGGCUGUUCUUAUGGAGCACCCAUUUAAACAGCUUCCAGACGAUAAACAAGUGGACACUAGAUCAUUCUUGGAGUCGGUGUCAUAUCUUCCGCCAUUCUUUGGUAAGUAGUUUGCAAACUCUGAUUUUAGCUUGUUACAUUCUAGCCCUUGAUCAUGACUCCGGUGCCAUUACAUUACACAAGAGUCAUUGGACCAAGGCGUCUUCUGUAGGGGGUGUUUUGUUAAGAGCCACGCGGCACUCGGUUAACACACAUUGGUUGAACAUUGACCGUAUCUUUAAUAUCGGCGAGAAAUAAUAAUAAUACAAAAAAGGUUAAAUUGAUACACACCUUUUAUAAGUUUAGGGUUCCCACACCGCCAUAUCUCAAUGUUACAGCGCUUGUUUACCGAAGAAAGAGUGGAAUACCUGUGCUAAUUAGUUAUCUGAGUAUCCGAACACCUGUGUGUAAACGGAAGACAGAAGCCACAAAGGUGUUGUCACUGAAAAAUGCUGUUGGCUGUGUUAAAACCGGUUAAAACCAUUUACAGUAGUUGUGUAUUUUGCAUUUGUGUAAUUAUUUUGAUGUGAUAUGAAAGAGGGAUUUAUUUAUGUUUCUAGAAACCAUACCGCAAUUGAGAAUCGAUUCACGUUUAUAUGGAGUAUUUGGCUGUUUUGGCUUAGAGCCAAUUCGCCUCUAAACAGAACAUGUAAGGUCCUUGGACUAAGGAGUAAUGUUAGGCUCCUUUAGUCCAAUAUUGGGCUAGCCACAGCCUAUGCAUAGACCACCACCCAAAUUCCUCUCUAAUUUGUUGCAACAAACAAUAUAUUGCCCGUUACACUGUUGCAUUUAUUUCAACAAAGUAACACACCAUUUGCUACAGCCCAUCAUGGUUGAAGACCGAAUAAUCAGAUUAUGUGUUUGGCAAUACAUUUGUCAGUAGGCUACUUGCUGUUCUCUGAAUAUUUUGAAUGCAUGCAAGGGUAGUGUUAUCAACAUUUCAUUGACCUGACAAUACUAGGAGUCCGAAGAGGGAUUCCUGUAUCCAGAAAAGGGACUUUCAUUAGUUUCAUUCAUCAGUAGUCUGAUUUUCCUGUGGGGUUUCAGAAUGUGAGUAGUGAUCUGUCAAAACACCUCUGUCAAUCCCAAGCAAUUAACUGCCUCAAGGGACAAUCUUUUUAUAUUUUGUAUUGAUUAUUUUUACCCCCUUUUCGUGAUAUCCAAUUAGUAGUUACAGUCUUAUCCCAUCGCUGCAACUCCGGUAUGGACUCAGGAGAGGCGAAGGUCGAGAGCCAUGCAUCCUCCGAAACACCACCCUGCCAAGCCGCACUGCUUCUUAACCCGGAAGCCAGCCGCACCAAUGUGUCGGAGGAAACACCGUGCAACUGGUGACCGAAGUCAGUUUGCAGGCGCCCGGCCCGCCACGAGUCGGUAGAGCGCGAUGGGACAAGGAUAUCCCGGCCGGCCAAACCCUAACCAUGACGACGCUGGGCCAAUUGUGCGCCGCCUCAUGGGUCUCCUGGUCACGGCCGCUGUGACCGCACCUGGGGCUGUAGUGAAGCCUCAAGCACUGCGAUGCAGUUCCUUAGACUGCUGCGCCACUCGGGAGGCCAAACAAGGGACAAUCUUUUUUGGAUCGUAUUUCUCUUUAUCAAGCAGUCAACAAACCAUUUGCAUGCCUAAUUUAAUAAACUGGCCUCGAUUUGAAGUUGUGAAAAUUGAUUAGUACAGUGUUGAGUUUCCUUUGGCUAUUCACUGGCUGUGUGGUGCAUUGGGGCAUCUUUGUGUGUCUUCAUCCUGUUUUUAAUAUACCAAAGGUACUGUAUUGAAUUAGCCAUGUGAAACCCCUGAGAACCUUUGUUUUGAUAUUAAUAUCUUUCCAUUUUGUUCUCAUUCUUUAAACUGACCCUAACAUUUCUUAGCCAACGUUCCUUUUGACCUCAACUCAAGAAACAGUAUAUGUCUUUGUAUGAUUAAUUUUUGUUUUCUAUUUAUUUUAUUUUAUUAUGGUGUAACGGAUUUGGUGUUAUUUAAUGUUGUAAUACUCAGUCACAAAUCAAUUAUGCAUAACUGCUAUAUUGAGUUGUGACUAGCCCAUAUCAUGUUGGAAUUUCAAUGCUGUUGGAGGAUAGGCCUAAAAUCUCAUCUUUGUUUUUCCACCACCCUUAACUCAGUUCUAUAUUUCCAUAUUAUGCUAUGAUUAAAAGAUAAUACAGUUGAUGACUUCUGCUUUUAUUACAUAGUCUGGACCUUCCAAAGCCACCGUUUGGACAUGGCACAAGCACAAAACCGUUAUGUGGAAGCAAGUGAGAGAGAAGUUUUGCAUUGAAUGUGGUAAAAACUGAGAGAUGGGCAUCUUUGGUGAAUGGAGAAGGGUACAUAGAGCUUAUCUGUAACUAGAGAAGAUAUCGGUACCACUAGCACAAUGGACAGCAAUUUGUCAGAAGUGAUUUUCUGGGGCUGAAGUACAACGGAUCCCAGUUGUACUUCACUUUAAGCCAUGUGUGGCUGGAAUGUCUGUCCUCCACUAGUCUACGCCAAAUGACUGGCCAGGCCUAGCCAAGCCCCCUAUUAUGUAGGUGCAGUGCCUUUGGAAAUUAUUCAGACCCCUUGACUUUUUCCACAUUUUGUUACGUUACAGCCUUAUUCUAUAAUUUAUUAAAUUGUUCCCCCCCUCAUCAAUCUACACACAAUACCCCAUAAUGACCAAGCAAAAACAGGCAUUUCGAUUUUUUUGCAAAUGUAUAAAAAAUAUAAAACAGAAAUAUAACAUUUACAUACAGUGGGGGAAAAAAAGUAUUUAGUCAGCCACCAAUUGUGCAAGUUCUCCCACUUAAAAAGAUGAGAGAGGCCUGUAAUUUUCAUCAUAGGUACACGUCAACUAUGACAGACAAAAUGAGAGAAAUAAAUCCAGAAAAUCACAUUGUAGGAUUUUUUAUGAAUUUAUUUGCAAAUUAUGGUGGAAAAUAAGUAUUUGGUCACCUACAAACAAGCAAGAUUUCUGGCUCUCACAGACCUGUAACUUCUUCUUUAAGAGGCUCCUCUGUCCUCCACUCGUUACCUGUAUUAAUGGCACCUGUUUGAACUUGUUAUCAGUAUAAAAGACACCUGUCCACAACCUCAAACAGUCACACUCCAAACUCCACUAUGGCCAAGACCAAAAAGCUGUCAAAGGACACCAGAAACAAAAUUGUAGACCUGCACCAGGCUGGGAAGACUGAAUCUGCAAUAGGUAAGCAGCUUGGUUUGAAGAAAUCAACUGUGGGAGCAAUUAUUAGGAAAUGGAAGACAUACAAGACCACUGAUAAUCUCCCUCGAUCUGGGGCUCCACGCAAGAUCUCACCCCGUGGGGUCAAAAUGAUCACAAGAACGGUGAGCAAAAAUCCCAGAACCAUACGGGGGGACCUAGUGAAUGACCUGCAGAGACCUGGGACCAAAGUAACAAAGCCUACCUUCAGUAACACACUACGCCGCCAGGGACUCAAAUCCUGCAGUGCCAGACGUGUCCCCCUGCUUAAGCCAGUACAUGUCCAGGCCCGUCUGAAGUUUGCUAGAGUGCAUUUGGAUGAUCCAGAAGAGGAUUGGGGGAAUGUCAAUGGUCAGAUGAAACCAAAAUAUAACUUUUUGGUAAAAACUCAACUCGUCGUGUUUGGAGGACAAAGAAUGCUGAGUUGCAUCCAAAGAACACCAUACCUACUGUGAAGCAUGGGGGUGGAAACAUCAUGCUUUGGGCUGUUUUUCUGCAAAGGGACCAGGACGACUGAUUCGUGUAAAGGAAAGAAUGAAUGGGGCCAUGUAUCGUGAGAUUUUGAGUGAAAACCUCCUUCCAUCAGCAAGGGCAUUGAAGAUGAAACGUGGCUGGGUCUUUCAGCAUGACAAUGAUCCCAAACACACCGCCUGGGCAACGAAGUAGUGGCUUCGUAAGAAGCAUUUCAAGGUCCUGGAGUGGCCUAGCCAGUCUCCAGAUCUCAACCCCAUAGAAAAUCUUUGGAGGGAGUUGAAAGUCUGUGUUGCCCAGCGACAGCCCCAAAACAUCACUGCUCUAGAGGAGAUCUGCAUGGAGGAAUGGGCCAAAAUACCAGCAACAGUGUGUGAAAACCUUGUGAAGACUUACAGAAAACGUUUGACCUGUGUCAUUGCCAACAAAGGGUAUAUAACAAAGUAUUGAGAAACUUUUGUUAUUGACCAAAUACUUAUUUUCCACCAUAAUUUGCAAAUAAAUUCAUAAAAAAUCCUACAAUGUGAUUUUCUGGAUUUUUUUUCUCUCAUUUUGUCUGUCAUAGUUGACGUGUACCUAUGAUGAAAAUUACAGGCCUCUCUCAUCUUUUUAAGUGGGAGAACUUGCACAAUUGGUGGCUGACUAAAUACUUUUUUUCCCCACUGUAAGUAUUCAGACCCUUUACUCAGUACUUUGUUGAAGCACCUUUGGCAGCGAUUACAGCCUCAAGUCUUCUUGGGUAUGACGCUACAAGCUUGACACACCUAUAUUUUGGGAGUUUCUCCCAUUUCUAAGCAAAAUACAUUCUUACAAAUUGUUGGAUCAUUGGAAGUCUUUAAACUGAAUGUGCUUAUGGAGGUUACUAUACAGUAACUAGCCUACACCUUGCUAUGAAGAAAAAACAGUGCAAAUCUUUCCCCCUGUAGUGUGGUGGUAUUGGUCCUGUUUGAGAUCUCUCCAAGGUACAAAGAGACCGAUGAUGUUAUGUAUAUACACUGAGUGUACAAAACAUUAGGAACACCUGCUCUUUCCAUGACAUAGACUGACCAGGUGAAAGCUAUGAUCCCUUAUUGAUGUCACCUGUUAAAUCCACUUCAAUCAGUGUACAUGAAGGGGAGGAGACCAGGUAAAGAAUAAUUUAAGUGUUCAGACAAUUGAGACAUGGAUUAUGUAUGUGUGCCGUUCAGAGGGUGAAUUGGCAAGACAAAAGAUUGAAGUGCCUUUGAACGGGGUAUGGUAGUAGGUGCCAGGCGCGCUGGUUUGAGUGUGUCAAGAACUGCAUUGCUGCUGGGUUUUUCACACUCAUCAGUUUCCCGUGUGUAUCAAGAAUGGUCCACCACCCAAAGGACAUCAACCAACUUGACAACUGUGUGAAGCAUUGGAGUCAACAUGGGCCUGUGAAAUGCUUUCGCCACCUUGUAGUCCAUGCCCCGACGAAUUGAGGCUGUUCUCAGGGCAAAAGGGGGUGCAACUCAAUAUUAGGAAGAUGUUCCUAAUGUUUUUUUACACUAAGUAUAUUUCCUUUUCCUGUUGCAGAGGCCUAGGGCCAAUGGUGGGCCUAAUUUCCUUAGCUAUGUGAUAGAGUAGAUUAGAACCAUUGCAUUUGGCGUGAUAGUAGGACCUAUUGAAAGUUUAAUGAGUCUCGGUAAUGCUUUCAGAAAUCUGUCAGAUGCUCUGAGCAGAGUGAAUUAUUUAGCAUCUUAUUGAUUUUAAAGUUCAAGAAGAGUUUGCUGUCACCCUUCCAGUUUAUUUCAAAAGCAUUCAAGGACAUGAUCAGGAUGCUGCUCAGAAUGCUCAUAUACUAUUUGUCCCAAAUCAUGUGUGUCUUGUAGGCCUAAAGAAAAAGCUGUUUUUGCCCAUGGAUGGCUCUCAAAAAUAUAUGACAAAGCAUACAGACUUAUUAGGCUGCAUUGUUGGGGCCCAUUGUUACCGCAGAAGGUAGCCUAUCCGUUAGAGCGGUGGGCCAGUAACCGAAAGGUCGCUGGUUUGAAUACCCGAGCCGACAAGGUGAAAAAUCUGUCUGUGCCCUUGAGCAAGGCACUUAAUCCUAAUUUGCUCCAGGGGCGCUGUAUUACUAUUGUUGACCCUGUAAAAAAACAAAACUUUUCACUGCACCUAUCUGGUGUAUGUGACAAUAAAACAAAUACUUUUUUAUAAUCAAAAUCCUCAAUAGACAUGGCUCAUUAAGGCUACAGCAAGUAGCCCCCUCUCGCUGUCUGUCUUUCUCCCUUUCAGUAGGUCCUACUAUCACGCCAAAUGCAAUGUUUCUAAUCUACUCUAUCACAUAGCUAAGGAAAUUGGCCCUAGGCCUCUGGAAAAGGAAAUACACUGAGUGUAAAAAACAUUAGGAACACCUUCCUAAUAUUGAGUUACACCCCCUUUUGCCCUCAGCACAGCUUCAAUUCGUCGAGGCAUGGACUUUACAAGGUGUUGAAAGCGUUCCAAAGGGAUCCUGGCCCAUGUUGACUCCAAUGCUUCCCACAGUUGUGUCAAGUUGGCUGGAUGUCCUUUGGGUGGUGGACCAUUCUUGAUACACAUGGGAAACUGGUGUGCCUGGCACCUGCUACCAUGCCCCGUUCAAAGGCACUUAAAUAUUUUGUCUUGCCCAUUCACCCUCUGAAUGGCACACAUACACAAUCCAUGUCUCAAGGCUUAAAAAUCCUUCUUAACCUGUCUCAUCCUCUUAAUCUACACUGAUUUUAAGUGGAUUUAACAAGUGACAUCAAUAAGGGAUCAUAGCUUUUACCUGGAAUCAACUGGUCAGUCUGUCAUGGAAAGAAUGUUUAUAUACACUCAGUGUAUAUCCAUAAAAUCAUCUCUUUUUGUACCUUGGAGAGAUCUCACAGGACCAAUACCACCACACUACAGGGGGUAAGUUUUGCCUGACAUAUUCAAACUCUCUCUCCCUGUAUUUCAAAGAUUAUUCGUAAAAAUCCAAAUAACUUCACAGAUCUUCAUUGUAAAGGGUUUAAACACUGUUUCCCAUGCUUGUUCAAUGAACCAUAAACAAUUAAUGAACAUGCACCUGUGGAACGGUCGUUAAGACACUAACAGCUUACAGACGGUAGGCAAUUAAGGUCACAGUUAUGAAAACUUAGGACACUAAAGAGGCCUUUCUACUGACUCUGAAAAACACCAAAAGAAAGAUGCCCAGGGUCCCUGCUCAUCUGUGUGAGCGUGCCUUAGGCAUGCUGCAAGGAGGCAUGAGGACUGCAGAUGUGGCCAGGGCAAUAAAUUGCAAUGUCCGUACUGUGAGACGCCUAAGACAGCGCUACAGGGAGACAGGACGGACAGCUGAUCGUCCUCGCAGUGGCAGACGACGUGUAACAACACCUGCACAGGAUCGGUACAUCCAAACAUCACACCUGCGGGACAGGUACAUGAUGGCAACAACAACUGCCCGAGUUACACCAGGAACGCACAAUCCCUCCAGUGCUCAGACUGUCUGCAAUAGGCUGAGAGAGGCUGGACUGAGGGCUUGUAGGCCUGUUGUAAGGCAGGUCCUCACCAGCAACAACGUCGCCUAUGGGCACAAACCCACCGUCGCUGGACCAGACAGGACUUGCAAAAAGUGCUCUUCACUGACGAGUCGCGGUUUUGUCUCACCAGGGGUGAUGGUCAGAUUCAGGUUUAUCGUUGAAGAAUGAGCGUUACACAGAGGCCUGUACUCUACUCAGGAGUGGGAUCGAGGUGGAGGGUCCGUCAUGGUCUGGGGCGGUGUGUCACAGCAUCAUCGGACUGAGCUUGUUGUCAUUGCAGGCAAUCUCAACGCCAUGCGUUACAGGGAAGACAUCCUCCUCCCUCAUGUGGUACCCUUCCUGCAGGCUCAUCCUGACAUGACCCUCCAACAUGACAAUGCCACCAGCCAUACUGCUCGUUCUGUGCGUGAUUUCCUGCAAGACAGGAAUGUCAGUGUUCUGCCAUGGCCAGCGAAGAGCCCGGAUCUCAAUCCCAUUGAGCACGUCUGGGACCUGCUGGAUCGGAGGGUGAGGGCUAGGGCCAUUCCCCACAGAAAUGUCCAGGAACUUGCAGGUGCCUUGGUGGAAGAGUGGGGUAACAUCUCACAGCAAGAACGGGCAAAUCUGGUGCAGUCCAUGAGGAGGAGAUGCACUGCAGUACUUAAUGCAGCUGGUGGCCACACCAGAUUCUGACUGUUACUUUUGAUUUUGACCACCCCCUUUGUUCAGGGACACAUUAUUCAAUUUCUGUUAGUCACAUGUCUGUGGAACUUCUUCAGUUUGUCUCAGUUGUUGAAUCUUGUUAUGUUCAUACAAAUAUUGACACAUGUUAAGUUUGCUUAAAAUAAACGCAGUUGACAGUGAGAGGACAUUUCUUUUUUUGCUGAGUUUAUUUCUCCCUAACCCCUCUCUCUCUAUGUAUUUCUCCCUAACGCCUCUCUCUUGUAUUCUCUUGGGAAUGUAGACAAAGCUGACAUGUGAAUUGUGCAGAAUGUUACUUUUACAGUAUGGGCAAACAUGGUAUUUUUAAAUCUCUCUACAGACUGCCUUGGCUCUACUGUUUUUGCUCCAGUUAAAGCUGACAUUGCAGGGAACAUCACAGUAAGUAGCCUACAGCAACUUCUUCAUAUGGGCAAACUGGUAACCUUGGAGCCAUAAAGAAACAAACAUCUAUAUUACUGUACUAUCCCUGUUUAGAAAAUCAAGGCAGUUUAUGACAGCAACCCUAGCAGGUUCAAGACCCUUCAACAAAUCCUGGAUGUAGAGAAGGAGAUGCAUGGAGCAGACUGGCCCAAAGUGGGAGCCACCCUGGCACUUAUGUGGCUAAAGAGGUCAGACAAAUGUUUUAUUUUUGGAGCUUGAGUCGGUAACACUUUAGGAUGCCGUUAUAAGACUUGUCUUAUAACAUCUCGUUAGCAUCUCAUAAUGAGCUUGAUUAAGUACCAGACAUUUUGAUUCAGUUGCAAUUUCAAUGGAGGGACAUUUAUAUCAUCCUUAUUAUAAGGCAUUAUAAAGCCUCAUACUUGCUUAUAACAGGUAAUAAAACAAUCUACCGAAAGGCUUUAAGUGUUACCGUUGAGUCUGUCUGCAGCUGUACCACUGUCUGAUAUGUGAUUUGUAUGUUUCCUUGUUCUUCAUUGACCAGGGGUCUCCGGUUCAUCCAGGUCCUGCUGCAGAGUCUGGUGGAUGGGGAGAAGGACGAAAACAACCCCAACCUCAUCCGGGUCAAUUGCACCAAAGCCUAUGAGCUGGCCCUGAAGAAGUACCAUGGUUGGCUAGUGCAGAAGCUCUUCAAGGUAAGCGUCUCACCAUAGCAUGAUUGCUUUAGGUUACUGCUUUGAUUACACCGCUUCUCCAUUGCCAGUUUAUUGUCACAUUAUCUGAAACUGUGAUAGUCUAGCCGAUUUGAAAUCACUUGGUAAUUAGCUGUGCCAGUGGCGGCCAUCGUUCAAGUGAUGUCACCUCCCUUAGAUCUAAAAGUCAACUUUGUUUAUGAUUAUGACAAGUCUGCCUUUUUGAACUGACGUGACUUGAAUGUCUUCCACUGUAGGCAGCUGUGUUCGCAGCGCCCUACAAGGUGGAUUUCCUGAAGGCGCUGUCCAAGGGGCAGGAAGUCAAGGAAGAGGACUGCCGGGACAAAAUCAGACUAUUUCUAGUCAACUUCACUGCCACUAAUGAUGCCAUCUAUGAGAUGUACACCAAGAUGAAUGCCGAGCUAGAUUACACCGUGUGACUACGGCAGAUAACUCCCCAUCUCCUUAAGGAUCUGCCCCCCCCCCCCCAUUGGGACAAUUCCAAGCAGUGAUAAUUGAGAUCUCUAUGGUUUUCU